GUGACCAUAAUGGGCGGUCCUCUGACUAUGUGGGGGAAAAAAAAGCCAUUUUCUGGCGCUGCUGCAAGAUCUAACGUUAACCAACUCAAAAUAAUUUACCUGUAUCCACGUCGGGAGGUACGGGUGUUUUUCAUGUCAAAUCAGAUCCUUCCAGAUGGAUAAAAUGCAACCCAGUCGGCUAAAAAUCACAGAGCUGAAUCCUAACCUGAUAUGCCCACUGUGUGUGGGCUACUUCAUCGAUGCCACAACCAUUGUGGAGUGCUUGCACUCAUUCUGCAAGACGUGCAUUGUUGCCUUCCUGGAAACCAACAAGUUCUGCCCCAGAUGUGAUGUGCAAGUACACAAGACGUGUCCACAGCUCAGCAUCAGGUCAGACAAGACUCUACAGGACAUUGUAUACAAGCUGGUGCCUGGAUUAUUCAAAGAUGAGAUGAAACGAAGGCGGGACUUCUACACAAACCAGGAAAACCAACACCUGGAGCCAGGAGAAGUGGUGGAGGAGCCGACUAUUAUUGCAGAAGAUGAAAUCAUCAGUCUCUCCAUUCAGUUCCAUGAGAAGAACAAAAGUGACACACAACCUGUGGAUACAGAAGGAGACAAUACCAACAGCAAACGCUUCCUGCAAUGCCCGGCAGCCAUGACAGUCCUGCACUUAGCCAAGUUCCUGCGUAGCAAGAUGGACAUUCCGAACACCUUACGGAUUGAAGUGCUGUACGCUGAUGAGCCCUUAAAGGACUACUACACGCUGAUGGAUAUUGCCUACAUGUAUUCUUGGCGACGUAAUGGCCCCCUCCCCCUGCAGUACUGUGUCAAGCCCACCCGGAAGCGUCGAAGGCUGUCCCAAGGUGCCGCCCAGGCCCACUCCGACGGUGUCAACACAAGCCCCACCUCUGAGAGCGACUCCCACAGCGACAAGGCCCUGAGCCCGGCUGGUCAGGUCCCCAGAGCCUCCACCCUGCCCAGCCCUGCCGUCCGAGGCCAACCCUCUACCCUUCAGAGCCCCAGCGGUACCACAGGACCCAACGGUACUCAACGGCUCCCUCUAGCCUCCAAGUCAGGGAGCAACGCCCGCAAGGUGAAUGUCAACGGCAAAAGCAAUGGAGCAGCGACUGAGACUAGGGGAGGGGACAAAGGGGCGGUAUCACCCCCAACCUAAAUCUGAUACAUCCCAGAAACAUGGAGAGUGAAACAGAAUUGCCCCAAAAUGUCGGAGUAGCCCCUCAAUGGACCAAUGGACAGACAAGGAGAAAAUCUGCCAAGAGAGUACUGAGGGAGAGGGCGAUUGUGAUCAGUAAACAGACUGUCAAGUGCAGCCAAAUAGACAUUUCAUUUCAAUGUGUGUGUGUCUGUGCGUUAGAGUAAACAUGCAUACAAAAUGUACAAUAUGUAUCCAAUGUGAGCAUUCGUACAUACCUGGUCAUGUAUAUAGAGUAUCUUUUAUACAGGAUAUUGUAAUUGUUUUGUAACUGUAUGAUAUGCAGUCGGUUCAACGAUUCCUUCCCCCAAGUCUUCACGAUUAAUUUGGCUUUAAAAUAUAAAUUGACAAAAUGCUGAAUGGCAUUGCGAUGCGAUUGUCUAUCUGUAUGGGUAUGUAAUAUAUAUAUAUAUAUAUAUAUA